AUGGACUCAGCAAGCAGUAGCCCUGGACAGCAGACCGCCCAGCAGACCCAUGCUGAGCUCCUACAAGCCUUCCAGAGCUACAAGCCCGGUCGUCGUGGCGCAUCAAAAACCCCGCAGCUGCCCUUUUCAUCGAGGACUCAGCGAUCCAGCACUCCUGCCACUAGCGCGAGUCGAGCUACCAAAGGAAUGACUGCAACUCAAGAAGGAUCGCCAAGCAUCGCAGCCUCAACUCAGGGGACUACGACUCGCAAAAGAGCCCGCAGAAUUCCUAUGGAGCAAACCGAAGAACAAGAGUCGAGUGACAGCGAUACUCCUUUGAGUCAAACACUUAAACGUCCUCGUCAGAGCUCGCCAAAGGUUUCAGAUCAGCCAACAGAUAUUUCUACUACCCAGCAAGCCAGCACUAUUCCCAAGCACGUUGUUGAAGUUCGGAUUCAAAACGGACUAGCACCUUUGGAAAAAGUAGCUUUCAGAGCCCUUCAGAGCAUUGAAUCAAUUCAGGGAGAGCAAGGCCGUGCUUCAAUGACUCCAGAGGUUACAGCGGUUAGUAUCGAAGGCAUUCGGGGACAGCAGAUGAAUCGCGGAGCAUUUCAGUAUCCGAACACCGCCAACCCUUUUGCUUCCCAGACUGUACAGAGUAGCAAGGCCUUUGCCACUCAGUUAUUGAAUGAGAACCAGAAAUUCACUGAAUCCCUCUCUCAAAAGAACGGCGCAUUCCUGCGUACCUUUCCGCCUACAGCCAAGUCCUAUCUAGAAGCUAAGCUCACCCAAAUUACCGCUGACUUGACUCAGUUGCAUCAGGAAAAAGUCGAUGCCAUCAGAUUGGAGUGUGUGGUUGAACUUCAGAGGGAUAUGGAUGAGAGACAAAAGGUGAUUGAUAUGUUUUUGCACAAGUCCGAUACAUGA